AUGUCCUCCCCGUCCUGCUGCCAGCAGCACUCGGAGGAGGUCUGCGAGAGCUGCGUGGUGAAAACCACCCUGACGGCCGAAAACGCCGUGGAGGCCAACAAGCUCUCCAACAACUACAAGUUUGGCUUCAAGAAAUGGAAGAGCCACGUGACAGCACGGCCCUGGGAGGACCGAUCGGAGAUUGUCAAGGAGCUCUACUCCGACCUCAAUGUCAUCCGGGGCUCCGGAGGGCGGCUCUGCUGGGACCUGGCCAGGUAUUUCCUCUGGCCCUUCGGCAAAGUGAUCCAGAAAGUGGAGGUCCCCAAAUCCCGCCAGGCGCUGGGUGCGUGCGAGGCUGGUGUGGGGGAGAGCUCAGCCCUGCUUGGCGGCCCCGUUCCACGCCGCUGGCGCCCUCGGUGCUGGGUGGAUGCCGGAUACUGGCAGUGUGCCGGCACCGUGGCGUGGCUCUGCCUGGGCUACCCAGCGCUGGUGCUGGCCCAUGGGCUGGUGUGCGUCACCGCGUGGCUCCUCGUCAUCCUCAUCCCCGUGGCCAAGCUGAGCGCCCGCACCGCCGCCCGCGUCCUGCUGCUGCCCCCGGAGCGGGUGCUCGUCCGGCGUCUAAGGAUGGAGGGGGGCUCUGUGCGAGGGUCCCGCACCCUGCUCUGGGGUGGAUUUUGGGCCACCCCAGAUCUGCUGCCUCUGGUGCUGGUGACACUGGUGGUGGGCUACGUGGACAGCCACAACCACCUGACCAGCUCCCCCGUCAAGUUCACGUUGGCCCUGCUCUCCAUCAUGCCUCUCUCCUACUACAUCGGGAUGGCCAUCGCCAGCAUCUCGGCCCAGAGCAACUUUGCAGUGGGAGCAGUGGUGAACGCCACGUUCGGCUCCAUCACGGAGCUCACCUUCUACAUCACGGCCCUCAUCAAGGGCUCGCGUGAGGGCAACCGCUGCUACGCCGAGAUCGUCAAGUCGGCGUUGACGGGGACGCUGGUGGGCUGCGUCCUCUUUGUCCCGGGUCUGUGCAUGGUGAUUGGGGGCAUCCGGCACCAGGAGCAACGGUUCAACAGCCGCUCAGCGGGCGUCAGCUCAGCCCUGCUCUUCCUCUCCGUGGGAGGUGUCUUUGCCCCUACGCUCUUCUCCAAGGUGUACGGCAAGCUGGUGUGCGGCGAGUGCCACAACGUCACCCAGAACCCGCUGGGCCACUACCUCUGCCACAACUGUCACUUUGACCUGAUGGAGAACAACGGCACCCUCUACUACAGUCACGUCCAACCCCUGGUGUACACAGUGUCCCUCCUGCUUCCCGCUGCCUACCUCAUCGGCCUCUUCUUCACCCUGAAAACUCACUCGCACAUCUACGACAUCCACAUCAGCGACUGUCACAUGCCUGGCCACCACCACAGUGCUGUGGUCCACUGGUCUCGCUGGCGAGCCCUGGUCAUCCUCCUGCUCUCCACCCUCUGCAUGUCAGCCUGUGCCGACCUGGCCACGGAGCACAUCAGCCCCAUCCUCACCAACUCCACCAUCUCACAGUACUUCAUCGGUGUCACCGUGCUGGCGAUGGUGCCUGAGCUGCCAGAGAUCGUCAACGGCAUCCAGUUCGCCCUGCAGAACAACCUGAGCUUGAGCAUCGAGAUUGGGAACUGCAUCGCCGUCCAGGUCUGCAUGCUCCAGAUCCCCAUCCUGGUGCUCUUCACCAUCUUCUACCCGACCAACUUCACACUUGUCUUCAGCGACCUCCAUGUCUAUGCCAGCAUGUUCAGCGUGGUGCUCAUGAACUACAUCUUCAUGGAUGGCAAAUGUGACUACUUCCAAGGCACGGUGCUGGUGAUGGUCUACUUCAUCCUCCUGGCUGUGUAUUUCUUCGCCCCAUCGCCCAGUGGUUGCUGA